GUGGUUUCAGCUGAUACUCGAAUUGUUUCGUUCAGGGGCAGCAUCAAGACCAAGAAAUCGCCCAACAACUUUAACGUAGACCCCGAGACAAGAUCACAAAUACCUCGUUCCUUUGUCUCAUGGGCUAUUCGGUACGUCGACACUGCAGGCUCGCUGUCUUCGCUGUCUCGGUGCUUUGCUUGCUCGGCGCACCCAUUUAUGUGGCCUACUACUAUCUCUACGGCAGCGCAUUCUCAAGCCUCUCGUUAGCUAGAAUAAACGCCUUUGCAGCGUUAUCUGCUGGCGAUGUCUUACUGAGCGACCUUUUACGACGUCCUCUUACGAUGCAAGCAUCAAUCGACGAGAUAGGAAUCCUCGAGAAGAGCAGACAAAGCGUGGCACUCGUGACGGCCAGCAACCAUGAUUUCGCAUGGCAAGGUGCAGAAGCUGCCUUUUACGACACAAUCAAGGAACGAGAAGCGUAUGCAAUGGUACAUGGCUACUCGUUUGAUGUUGUGGACUUGCGCAACUUUACGCAAGAUGCAAUUGAUGCUACAUGGCCUGUCGUCUGGCUCAAGAUUGCAGUACUGAGGGAUACUUUCCAGAAACACCCUGAUGCGGACUGGGUAUGGUGGCUUGACGCGGAUGCCAUCUUGAUGGGGAUGCAGGACCUCGACACCUAUCUGUUUGACCGACUUGAGGCGCUGCAAGAUGAAGCACGACGUGUACAGAGUCUCAACAAGCACCCGGAGGAUCGUAUGGGCGUCUUUGAAUAUACUCAACGACUCUCUCUGGCAGAAACGAACCUGAUUGUUACGCCAGACAUGAAUACACGGAUGAUCAAUGCAGGCAGCUUCCUCCUACGACGGUCUGCAUGGACAGAGAUGCUUCUCGAGCUGUGGACGGAUCCAUAUCUGUUUGCAGCAGCAAAGGAUGAUACGAUUGGGUUCCAGGAACAAGGCGUCCUUGCACACCUCAUACAACAGCACACGACUAUUGCGAGGCAUACAGCCGUUGUGCCGAUGACGAGCAUCAAUGCGUUCCCCUGGGCUGGACCUUGGACAUGGCACCAUGGUUCGCUUGUGAUGCAUACGGCAGGAUGUUGGGUACAUCAUCAAUGUGAGCACUGGAUGAAGGAGUAUAGAGCCGUCAAGGAAGGCCUGAAGGAGCAGGUUGAGCCUCCUGCAGAGCAGAGUGAAGCAUGAUGUGGCUACUUUGGGGAUAUUCAAGCGUAGUACGGAUUCUAUUAGGAGCUUUCAGAGCAGAGCUGGGUAUACAGUGAAUGUCUACUCAGCUGAGUG